CCCACCGCGGACGUCCCCGCCUGCCCCCGGCCUCCCUGCCCCCACGCACCUUCGGGAGCGCGGCCCUGCCCGCCACAGCCGGCGCCGUCCGCCGCGGCCGGGGGGAACUGAAGAAAAGUCAUCAUGGGAGCAUUUUUAGACAAGCCAAAGAUGGAGAAGCAUAAUGCCCAGGGGCAAGGGAAUGGGCUUCGUUAUGGUCUGAGUAGUAUGCAAGGCUGGCGAGUUGAAAUGGAGGAUGCACAUACGGCUGUGAUUGGUUUGCCAAAUGGACUUGAUGGAUGGUCGUUUUUUGCUGUAUAUGAUGGGCACGCUGGAUCACAGGUUGCCAAGUACUGCUGUGAGCAUUUAUUAGAUCACAUCACGAGCAACCAGGAUUUUAAAGGGCCAGAUGGGCCACCAUCUGUGGAAAGUGUAAAGAGCGGCAUCAGAACAGGUUUUCUGCAAAUUGAUGAACACAUGAGAGUCAUCUCCGAGAAGAAACAUGGCGCAGACAGAAGUGGGUCAACAGCUGUGGGUGUCAUGAUUUCUCCCCAACAUACGUACUUCAUCAACUGUGGAGACUCGAGAGGUUUACUUUGUAGAAACAGGAAGGUUCACUUCUUCACACAGGAUCACAAACCAAGUAAUCCACUGGAGAAAGAGCGUAUACAGAAUGCAGGUGGCUCUGUAAUGAUUCAGCGUGUGAAUGGCUCUCUUGCUGUUUCAAGGGCACUUGGGGACUUUGAUUACAAAUGUGUCCAUGGGAAAGGUCCUACAGAACAGCUAGUCUCACCUGAGCCUGAAGUUUAUGAAAUCGAGAGAUCAGAAGAAGAUGAUCAAUUCAUCAUACUGGCUUGUGACGGUAUCUGGGAUGUUAUGGGAAAUGAAGAGCUGUGUGACUUUGUAAGAUCCAGACUUGAAGUCACUGAUGACCUUGAGAAAGUUUGCAAUGAGAUAGUUGACACCUGCUUGUACAAGGGAAGUCGAGACAACAUGAGUGUGAUAUUGAUCUGUUUUCCGAAUGCACCAAAGGUAUUGCCAGAGGCGGUGAAAAGAGAGGCAGAGUUGGACAAGUACCUGGAAAGCAGAGUAGAAGAGAUCAUAAAGAAGCAGGGUGAAGGAGUCCCAGACUUAGUCCACGUGAUGCGUACGUUAGCAACUGAGAGCAUCCCAAACCUCCCGCCAGGGGGUGAAUUGGCAAGCAAACGGAGUGUGAUUGAAGCCGUUUAUAACAGACUGAACCCCUACAGGAAUGAUGAUACUGAUUCUGCCUCAACUGAUGAUAUGUGGUAAAGCUGCUCAUCUAGCUGUGGAGUUCACGUUUCAUCCUUCAAAUGAAAGUGCAGCCCAACCUCAGUGACCCUUCUUAACAUCCAUCCUCAACCUUAAUUAACGAAGGGAAUAUGAUGUGUUGGUGAGAGUGACUACAGCAGUACGACAUCUAGCCCAGGAACUGAUCUUUUUUGUAAAACAGACUUCUGUAAACGUGAUUUCAAACCAUAAUUCAUGUUGUAAAUCAGACUCCAGCAAUUUAUGUUGUAUGAUUUUGUUUUUGUAAAGUGCAAUUGUCUUUGUACAAAAUGCUCAUAUUUAAUUAUGAACUGCUUUAAAUCACUAUAAAGGUUAGAAGAAAUGUUUGGCUUGUGUGAUGCAACAAUAUAUAUCCCUUGAAAUUCAUGUUGUGGUUUUGGAUUGCAAGGAGCAGCAGCCUAGCCAGCUAGGUGCUCAAGAGGUGCACAAAACUGUAAAGAUAACUUUUUGUAUUAUAUGAAAGCUGAACUUGUGGGCAACUUACCAGAGAUCACAGUGUGUGAAUUUGCUUGGCAAUGGAAAAAUAACUAAGUAGUGCACAUUCUUCAACAAACGUAUAUCGUUUUCUUGGAUGCACUCCUGCUCUCACAUUGAGUUAAAGGGAGUUCUGAUUUUGACUUCAGUGGGAGUUAAAUCAUGCCCUAUUAAUAGUAUCGUGUUCAUACGCGUACAAACCUUGGGAUUAGAAUGCCUUGAUUCUUUGCACCUCUUUUUUCAUUAACCCUUACCUGAAACUACUAAUCACUGAGCACGAACAGGCAGCUUUCUACAUACAGUAGGAGUCUGCAGCAUUUUUACAAUCCUGAUUGGCUGGGUCUGCUGCUGUUCCAAGUAAAAUACUUUGAAUUCCAUUUUAUCAAUAAAGCUUGAUUUAACAAACAAGAAAUUUAUCCAUAAAUGUGUAAUUCCUUUUUUCCUGCCUUUUAAAAUGUCAGUGCCAUUGUAAAUGAUAUUUUACAUGUGGAAGAAUAUUUUUAUUAAUUGGUAGCCCAUUUUUAAAAUGGGAAGGAUUUUGAUUAUUGCCCAAGACAUAGCCAUAUGCUAGAGGAUGAUGUGGGAUUAAUCCAUUACCCUAUUUUUUACGAGUGUGGGGUUUUUCAGGCUUUUUGGUGGUGUUUUUUUUUUUCUCCCCACUGAAGAUGUGCAUUGGUUUGAAUUUGCCUACUGUUUGAUAAAAAUACAUUUGUCAAAGCCUGACAAUCUUUAACAUUUUAUGGUGUGUGUUUUUAAUUGACCCACUUACUUAGAAUGAGAGACUAGUGGUUAAACAGUACUUGUGAUUUGAGAUAUAGCAUGUUGACAAUAUUUAACUGUUCGUUGUUUAAAAUUCUCAUUUAAAAUUUUAUAAGAUAAUAAACUAAUUUGAUUUAAGCUUAGCUUUCUCCCACUGAGCAUACAAAAAUUAAGUUUUCAAGUCAGUCGUGUUUGCAAAACUGCUGUUUUGUGCACCUUGUAUUGUCUUUUUGGUUGAGAAUAUUGUAUUUAAUAUGUAGUUUACUCAUUUAGUAGGCAGAUUCCCCAAAAGGAAAAUCAGUAAAACAAGUAGAUUGUAACAUUUACUGCAGUUAAACAGAAUCAAAACUUGAUGUAUAAUUACUUUUUGAUAGGAAAGUGUAGUACAAUGCAUUUUGCUAUAUUUGUCUUUCCCUAACUUUGAAAUAUACAUAUUUGUAUAUAUAGCCUUAAAACUAAUGCAGAGUUAGGGAACACUGAACAGUGAAAAAGUAACUUAUAGUGUCUUGGAACUAAGUAUAGUAUAUACCAGCAAACUUUUCUUUUAUCCCUCUUGUCUAUGUGGGGUGCUUAAACGUAACUUCAUUGUAUUCAGUUUGUAAUCUGUUCAAGCAUGAAUGAAGAAAACAUAAGCACUAUUUGUAUUUAUAAAUUUAUAGCAAUUUUUGCUUAAAGAACCAGUUCCUUACCUACCUAUGAAUAAAUGCUUAAAAUGUCGAA